GGCAUAUGGAGGUUCCCAGGCUAGGGGUCUAAUCGGAGCUGUAGCCACCAGCCUACACCAGAGCCACAGCAAUGCAGGAUCUGAGCCGCGUCUGCAACGUACACCACAGCUCACGGCAACACCGGAUCCUUAACCCACUGAGCGAGGCCAGGGAUCAAACCCGAAACCUCGUGGUUCCUAGUCAGAUUCAUUAACCACUGAGCCACAACAGGAACUCCAAAAAGGCCUUUUUACAGGCUCUCACUAUUUAUUGAUCAUGGUGAUAUGAACAUGACAAAAUUACAACAGUUCAAAAAGUUUCUAGGUUUUUUACCUCCUGGCUCUUUUCCUCACCAUCCUUCCCCCACCCCCCACCCCAUUUUUAGUGAAGCCUAGAAGAUGCUGCCUUUUUUUUUCCUCCUUUUUUUUCAAUGCUGACCUGAGAACCACUCUUUCCAAGGGUCAAGCCUAGAUUAAUCUUGGCCUUCAAUACUACACCAUCCUCCUCUGUGGUUUUAGAAUAAUAAAAAAUGGUGUUAUAGGUUAAAUAUGCACAUAGUUUAUAGUAGACUUACAGUGUGAUCUUGGCAAGUUUAUUAACUUCAGUUUUCUAAUCUCUACACAAAACAUUCAUACACAUAUAAAAGGCCUUGCCCAGUGUAUACACAGCAGAAUAUAAGGUGCUACUUCUCUCUAGGUCAACGAAUGCAGAAACAGGACAUAAGAGAUUCUUCAGAUGCCAGCCUUGAAACCUCUCAAUGUGAUUUCAGAUCACUAUUAUGGAUUUGAGAAAUAAGGACCCAGUAAAAUCCUUUAACACUCUCAGAUUUUAGAGAUGUCAACCAGAUAAAAACUAGAAGGCUCACAGCCACUGCCCCGCACAGUGAACACCAAAAAAAGAAACAGGCAACUCUUCUGUAUCCCAAGCAGAAGUUUUGGCUCAGCUUCCCUUUUGGUGGGCUCCAUGUGUCUCCUGUGAACCAAACGAGGAGGAAGAACCACCUCUACUGAGAUGAGAAUCAAGACUGGAAUUGGAGUUAAUGGGGCAACUCUUCAUUGUGCUUGCACCUGGGCUGGAGCAGGAUCCUGAACCUCUCGAGGGCGCAGGCCGCCCAACGUUGUCGGUUUGUUGGUGAAGGGGUGCCACUGGCCCUGGAUGCUAGGGCUGUCCGUGUGGAAGGGCUUGCGGAUGCGGAUCACGUCCAAUCCCGACUGGUCCGCCAGUUUCUGCACCAGUGCGGCGAUCUCCUCGACCGACUUGCAAUGGAUGCUCUCCUCGCGCACAGCCCCGUUAACUGGCCGAAGGGAGGUGGGGUAAGAGGAAGCGGGUCAGGGGUGAGACGAACUGCAUGCGAGCGGGCCGAACCCCCCGAUACCGCCCUCCAACCCUAGCCCGGCCCCACUCACGGUACUCGGCCACUACUCUGGGCACACAGCACGGCCGCGGAUUCACGUAUAUUACGACCCCCGGGUUCCGGCGGGCGAAGUCGGUCACCUCCCGUUCCACAAACUCCCUGGGGAACCCGAAAAGGGUGAGCAAGGUAACCCCCGACCCGGGACGACCUCUGCCGGGAGUCGCACCCCCGCGCCCUUCCUGGCUCACCUGGCACCGCGGGAAGAGGGCGCGUCACGGCUAAGGCUAAAGCUGAGACGCUGCAGCUGCUGCACGUAACGACCCAGCCCGUUGUGCAGGACACUGGUCAAGAAGCGGCUCGCGGUCCCUCGCGCCGUCAUGGCCGUAGCUCCCGGGCAGCCGGCCGGGCUAUCGCGGAGUGGGGGCGGGACUAACACGAGGCUUCCGCUUCCGGGAACACGUGUGCCACGGCAGUUUUGCUUCCGAGGUCAUAGCGAGUGGCGCGCACGACCGACCCACGUUGAGGGCGAUAGGGGCUAGAAGAGAAUGGUGACGCGGAACCGGCGUCCGGAGUGGUGGAUCUCCUAGCAGUGGAGCUGGGGAAACCCACCCGGCGGAAGCGAGGCGGGCGUCCCUCUGCGCGCGGAGCUCGGCGAGAGCGGUGGAGUGGUGCUCAGGUCGCCUGGAGUCCCCUUGAGGAAAGGAGCCUUUACCAUAGGCUCGUAGGGGGCCCAGAGCAGAGGGACUACAGAAGGGACACAGGUGGCCGCAGAGAUGAGGACGAGGAGGAGAGGCCGCAGAGGGGUGGUAGUGGCGAGGAGGUGAUCUAGAGAAACCGUCUUGGCGAGGGCCCGCGCGGAGAGUUUCGGAGGUGAGGCGACGGGGGCGGGGAGAAACUGUGGCGGACCGAAGAGGUAGGGAGCCGACCAGAGCGACACGGACGUGAAAGGGUCGCGUGCUCGAGGAUAGAUGUGAAGUGGCAAUGUAGAGGAACUGAAGAGAAUUUAGAGGGAAAAGAGAACUGAGUGGAGAAUACCUAGAAUCUGACCUAGUGAGGGCACCUGAACCAGGCACCUGAGGCAUUUCAGUUACUAUCUACGUUUGACUAGGAAUGUGGGUCCUCCUCCGAAGUGGGUACCCGCUCCGUAUCCUGCUGCCCCUGCGUGGGGCGUGGAUGGGUCGGAGGGGCCUGCCCCGAAGCUUGGCCCCAGGCCCUCCUCGAAGACGGUACAGGAAGGAGGCUCUCCCUGCCUUGGAGGUACCAGUGUUGCCUGUAACUGCAGCUGAAAUCCGCCAAUAUUUGCGGGCACGUGGAAUCCCCUUCCAGGAUGGGCACAGCUGUCUGCGGGCACCCAGCCCCUUUGUGGGGGCCUCAAAACUCAAGGACCAGAGUGGUGCUGCCACUUCCUUCAGCCUCUUCAUUGAUAAGACCACAGGCCGCUUUCUCUGCAUGACCAGCCUAGCAGAGGGGAGCUGGGAAGACUUCCAGGCCAGCGUGGAGGGGCGAGGGGAUGGGGCCAGAGAAGGAGUCCUGCUUGGUGAGGCCUCAGACGCUGAGGACACUGAGGAGGUCCGGAGGAUCUGGGACCGAGCCAUACCUCUCUGGGAGCUGCCUGAACCGGAGGAGGCCCAGCUGGUUCGUGUGAUGUUUGGCCUCACCAAAGUGACAGACGACACACUCAAGCGUUUCAGUGUGCGCUAUCUGCGGGCUGCUCGCAGCCUCGUCUUCCCUUGGUUCUCCCCUGGAGGUUUGGGAUUACGAGGCCUGAAGCUGCUGGGGGCUGAAGGCCAGGGUGAUGGAGUACAUUAUGUGGAGACCACCAUUCCCCGGCCUGGUGCCUACCACAACCUGUUUGGGUUACCACUGAUCAGUCGUCGAGAUGUUGAGUUGGUACUGACGAGUCGUGAGCUGGACAGCCUGGCCUUGAACCAGUCCACAGGGUUGCCCACCCUUGCCCUGCCCCGAGGAACAGCCUGCUUACCCCCUGCCUUGCUUCCUUACCUGGAACAGUUCCGACGCGUUGUUCUCUGGCUGGGGGAUGAUCUUCGGUCCUGGGAAGCUGCCAAGUUGUUUGCCCGAAAACUGAACCCCAAGCGAUGCUCCUUGGUGCGGCCUGGGGACCAGCAGCCUUCUCCCCUGGAGGCUCUGAACCAAGGCUUAAAUCUUUCUCGUAUUCUGCGUACUGCCCUGCCUGCCUGGCACAAGUCUAUUGUGUCUUUUCGGCAGCUUCGGGAGGAGGUGCUAGGAGAACUGUCAAAUGUCGAGCAGGCAGCUGGAGUUCGCUGGAGCCGCUUCCCAGAUCUCAAUCGUCUCUUGAAGGGACAUCGGAAGGGAGAGCUGACGGUCUUCACAGGGCCAACAGGCAGUGGAAAGACAACCUUCAUCAGUGAGUAUGCCCUGGAUUUGUGUACCCAGGGGGUGAACACACUAUGGGGUAGCUUUGAGAUCAGCAACGUGAGACUGGCCCGGGUCAUGCUGACACAGUUCGCUGUGGGACGGCUGGAAGAGCAACUGGACAAAUACGAUGAGUGGGCUGACCGAUUUGAGGACCUGCCCCUCUAUUUCAUGACCUUCCAUGGGCAACAGAGCAUCAGAACUGUAAUAGACACAAUGCAACACGCCGUCUACGUUUAUGAUAUCUGCCAUGUGGUCAUCGACAACCUGCAGUUCAUGAUGGGUCAUGAGCAGCUGUCAACAGACAGGAUUGCAGCUCAAGACUAUAUUGUCGGGGCCUUUCGGAAGUUUGCAACAGACAGUAGCUGCCAUGUGACGCUGGUCAUUCACCCCCGGAAGGAGGAUGAUGAUAAGGAGCUACAGACAGCAUCCAUUUUUGGCUCAGCCAAAGCAAGCCAGGAAGCAGAUAACGUUCUGAUCCUGCAAGACAGAAAGCUGGUAACUGGACCAGGGAAACGGUAUCUGCAGGUAUCCAAGAACCGCUUUGAUGGAGAUGUAGGCGUUUUCCCACUUGAAUUCAACAAAAGCUCUCUUACCUUCUCCAUACCACCAAAGAGCAAGGCUCGGCUCAAGAAGAUCAAGGAUGACAAUGGUUUAGCGGCAAAAAAGCCCUCUUCUGGCAAAAAGGGGGCUAUGCCCCAGAUCUCUGAGACUUGCUCAGACCAGGCUCCCAAACCCUACCAGCCAGACCUCACCAAGCCUUCAAGGUGAAGGCAUUGCAGAGCUGGACACUGAAACAAGUCUGGCAGGACGGGCUUGAGUAGAGACUCUUGGUCCUCUGCUAAGGCUGCCUCUGUCCUAGAGUCAGAACUAUAGGCCCUUCUCAGUCUGAGGGGUAUAGCCUCGGGCAAGGUUCCAUGGCAAGAGAAUUCAGUUUAGCAAAUUUUGAGAACCUACUUUGUGCUGGGCUUUAUUCUAGGUCCUGGGACUAUAGCACUGAUAAGACAUAGGAGGUCCCUGCUUCUGUGGGACCUGUAGUGUGGUAGAAGAGACAAGACAAGCAGUGAACAAAUAUAUCUGAAACAUAAUCUUAGAUAGUGAAAAAUGUUUUAAAGGAAAAAAUACAGUAAUGUGAUAGUGCUUAUAGGCUGGUUUAGAUUAAGAUCUAAAAUCUCUCUGAGCAUAGGAUGUUGUAGCUGGGGACUAUGAAGAACUAGGAUUGAGCCAUAUGAACAUCUGGAGAAAGAGGAAUCCUAGCAGAGGGAAAAGCAAAUACAAAGACCCUAAAGUGGGAAUGAGCUAGUUGAGUUCAAAGCAGUGGGGUCAGGGAGUCCCCAUUGUGACUCAGUGGGUUAAGAACCUGAUGUAGGAGUUCCUGUUAUGGCACAGUGGUUAAUGAACCUGACUGUUAUCCAUGAGAAUGAAGGUUUAAUCCCUGGCCUUGCUCAGUGGGCUAAGGAUCUGGCAUUGCUGUGGCUGUGGUGUAGGAGGGCGGCUGCAGCUCCAGUUGGACCCCUAGCCUGGGAAACUCCAUAUGCCAUGGGUGCAGCCCUAAAGAGACCAAAAAAAAAAAAAAAAAACCCAAAAAACUAACACAGUGUCUGUGAGGAUGCAGGUUCAAUCCCUGAUCUCACUGGAGUGGGUUAAGGAUCUGGCGUUGCCAUGGCUGUGGCUGUGGCAUAGGCCAGCAGCUGUAGCUCAGAUUUAACCUCAGGAACUUCCAUAAGCAACCUAAAAAGAAAAAGAAAAAAAAAACAAAAACAGUGGGGUCAGCCCCCUGAACUUGCAGGGGAAUAGUGGACUUCUGCAAAAAGCCUCUAGCCCGGGCUUGUAGAGGCAAAGGGCUGCAUGGUGGGUAUCAGACUGGAGCCUACCACGAGGUGGUGCUUACUGCCACUGGAUCUAGGUGCUUGGCAGUUAUGCUACCAGGGCCACAAAGAGGGAAGUCUUGGCUAGAGAGCCAUGGAAGGAAGCUGUGAGCCCAGAGUGCCUGCCACCCUGAUGCUCAGUCUAUGGUAUCUGCCUCAGAUUGCUGGAGUGGAUGCAAUCAUGACUUUUUGUAGAGCCUUUUCCAGUUUUAUUGAAAAAAAAAAAAAAAAAUUGCCUUU